UGACUGUGAGCUCUCCUGUGUUAGAGGAAGACAACUAUAAACACUCCAACACGUGGUAAUCAGUUUCUUUAAAGGCUUCUCUCCUUCUCCUUAAUUUAAUUGUUUAAAUUAAACCCCAAUGUCAUCUUCGACAUUCCUGUAACCGAAUCUAUCACCAACUACAACCAUUCUGUCUCUCUUAUAUACUCCGCCAUCCUUUAAACAGGUUCCCGUCUCCAAGACAGACAUGCCGGUUCUUUUAGGUGUCAAAGAUGUUGCUGUACCAAAGACGACCGUCACAUCUUCUUUUACCAAUAAAAUAGGUGGAUACCCUGAUCAGUUUACGGAGCCCCUUGCAGUACCGAAAUGUUGUCAGUGUCAGCAGUCGAUGUGUCAGAUUGUCCAGUUGUAUUGUCCCCUCAUGCAGUCGUCUUAUCACCGAACUUUACAUCUGUUCUCCUGCAUCAACACAACUUGUUGGGGUAAGAGUGAAUGCUGGAAAAUUUUUCGUGAACAAAAUUCUGAAGCAACUCCUGCUACUAAUGCCUUCAACAACAAUUCAGUAACUGAAAAAAAGGUUAAACUCGUUGAUUCCUGGGGCUGUGACGAUAAUACUUGGGACGAUGACAUAGAGGUAGAUGAAUGGUGUGAGCAGCCGAGCAAUGGUUUGGCCGAAAGUGAUCUCAGCAAGAUGAUGGAUAACAAAUGUAAACUCGGUGAACAGGAUGCAGAGACUAAAAACAGAGCGUGUGAGGAAAUGAGCAAUUGCUUCCCACAAACGAGCUCAACUUCCCACCAAAACCAUCAACUAAAUUACAAAGAUGAACCGUGCCUCAAGCCUUAUUAUUUAAAUGUAUACGAAGAAUCAGAAGAAGCCAGUCACUCUGAGCACAUCCAACAGCUUCUGGAAAACUAUAAAGAAAAAGAAGGAAAAGCUUACGAAGAAAUGAUCAGUGCUGCUCAGGUGGGGAAAACUUCCGGUGGAUGUACAGAAACCUAUGAAAAGACCAACGUGCAACAUGGAGAUAAAUCUGUCUACAAAUUUUAUAAAAUUCUAUCAAAAUGGCCAGAACAGUGUGUAAGGUAUGAGCUUGGUGGGAAACCAGUCACAUUAACAAAGAACGCUCCUGAUCCAGGCUGCUGUAGUUAUUGUGGAGCCGACCGACAGUUUGAAUUCCAGUUGAUGCCAGCUCUUGUCAAAGACCUCAAUCUUCUUGGUAGCAAUGAUUGUGCUGUAGAGUUUGGAACCGUCAUUUGCUACAGUUGUUCACUGAGUUGUUGGGACGACCAGAAGGACAAAUGGAGAGAAGAAGAAUGUUUUGUACAAGACGAACAAUCUAUGUAACACCAAAAAAAAAAAAUACUAAGAAGCUUUGAAUGGUACAAAACAAUUGGCUGUAUACCUGUUGUAAUUUAGUCAUCCAUAUA